UACUUUGAGCCCAGCCCAAAAAGUUUUAGCUUGCUAGCACGCUCGAUAACAGCAAUCACCCAAACGAAAGUGUGUGAAGCCACGGAAUCGGCCCAGCAGCCAUGGCGUCCGUUCCUCACUCGCAUCUCCGAUCGUCCUUCAGCACGCGCCACUAUCACUCACCUCACCUUCCCACAAGCACUAAGUCCGCCUUUUUAGGGGGGGCGUUAGAACGAUCACGACAGCCAUGCGGUGUUCGUGCAAUCCCAGCCGUAGGAUCCAAUUCCCAUCAGCAGAUCGAACGGCGAAUCGGCAUUUGGGCAAUCGGCGGGCCGCCGGGAAUGGGUGCAUUCCCGCGGCCACAGCAAGGCGGGAACGUGCUCAAGCUAGUUGUGAACGGCCCCGUGGCCUCGCCUCUGGGCGCUACCAUCCUCUCCACCCUCUCCUCUGCUCGCGGGCUGCAGCUGGCUGCUGUGGUGGACGGCAAUCCCGAGGCCAACGGGAGAGAUGCUGGGGAGGUGGCGGGAAUACCUGAGCCUUUGGAGCUGCCUGUGGUAGCUGAUGUCAUCAUGGUGCUGGCCUCCGUUGCUCAGUCUCGGUCCACAGGAGUGUAUGUUGACUUCACAGGCGAUGCCUCUGCUGCGUGUGAGAACGUGCGGCAGGCAACAGCAUUCGGCCUGAGCAGCGUGGUGGUCGGAGCGUCGAUACCAGAGGAUGACAUCAGCGGCCUGUACGAAUUCUGUGACAAGGCCUCGACUGUACGUACUGAACACGCCCUGUUAGCUUCAGUUUUCUGCCCCGCCCGUGUCUUUAGUUGGCUUGGAUUCAUCACGCAUGUUCGUUCAUUCACGUAGGAAUGUGCUUCACCACGCCCAUGACCAGGAAUGUGCUUCACCACGCCCAUGACCAGGAAUGUGCUUCACCACGCACAUGACCAGGAAUGUGCUUCACCACGCACAUUCCUUCACUGUCCACCAUGAACAUGCCCCGCUCGUGUCUUUAGUUG